CACCGCCGGUUCGAAAGAGGAGAUUUUUGGCGCGAAAGGGAAUAUCUGUGGAGAUGAAGGAACACGACCUGGAGCUUGAGAAGGCUCGCCUUCUCAGCUUAGCUUCCGAUUUCGGAUUCGAUGAAGAUUCUUCAAAGCAAUGCUUGGAUCGUUUGAUUCGUCUCUACGGAGAUGAUGGCAGAGACUUUAUUACCGUGGAGUAUUGCGGUGAUGAUUAUCUUGCAGCACUGGCAGACUCUAUGCCUGCUGAUGAGGACUGGGAUGAUUUGCAAGCGAUGGAAACCGAAGCUUGUGGAGCAUUAAAUAAAAUAUUGGUUAACGAAGUUCCGGACGAUUCUGAAGCAGAAAAUGAGGAUACAUUGGUAAAGAAUUUCAAUGGUAAGAAAGCUUCAGUCGAAACUCACAUUGAGGAGAGUCUCGAGACGCUGGAUUCUUCUAGUGAUGAUGAGGACCCAGAUUUUGAGAUCUUGAACCAAUGUGAUAGAAACCGUGCCCCCACUCAGAAGUCAGAUAAACAUCCUUCAAACUCCUGUGUGAGUGAUUCUUAUGGGAAAAUGUUUAGCAACAUUACACAUGAAUCUGUACCAUCAUUUUCCAGCAGACAGACAUGCACCAGCUCAUUAAAUGAUGACUCUGGAAUUCUAGGAUAUGAGCAGUUGCAGGCUUUGGAUGAUAUUGAAUUGGCAAAUGUUGUAAUAUUUGGUAACAAAACAUUUCGGCCUCUGCAACAUCAGGCUUGUAAAGCAGCCAUGUCAAAGAGAGAUUGCUUUAUUCUUAUGCCUACUGGUGGCGGUAAAAGUCUGUGUUACCAGCUCCCUGCAACUCUCCAUCCAGGCGUGACUGUUGUUGUGUCCCCUCUGCUGUCACUCAUUCAAGAUCAGAUUGUCACAUUGAACCUCAAGUUUGGAAUACCAGCAACGUUUUUGAAUUCUCAACAAACUCCCUCCCAAGCAUCAGCAGUCAUCCGAGAGCUGAGGAAAAAUAAACCCUCGUGCAAGCUCCUGUAUGUCACCCCAGAAAGGGUUGCUGGAAAUCAAUCAUUCAUGGAGAUAUUAAGAUGCCUGCACCAAAAGGGACAACUAGCAGGAUUUGUCAUUGAUGAAGCACAUUGUGUAAGCCAAUGGGGCCACGAUUUUCGUCCGGACUAUAGAGGACUAGGAUGCCUUAAGCAGAGCUUUGCAGAAGUCCCUGUGAUGGCAUUAACCGCCACUGCAACUCAGCCCGUUCGGAAGGACAUUCUAAAUGCCUUGAGGAUUCCCCAUGCUCUAGUUCUUGAAACCAGCUUUGAUAGACCAAACCUCAAGUACGAAGUAGUUGGUAAAAUCAAGGACUCAUUAAAGCAGCUCGGGCAACUGCUGAAAGAUCGAUUUCAUAACAUGUGCGGAAUCGUUUACUGUCUUUCAAAAAGUGAGUGUGUGGAGGUCUCUGCGUAUUUGAAUAAUAAGUGUAAGGUAAAAACAGUCUAUUACCAUGCUGGUUUAGCGGCUCGACAGAGGGUUGCCGUUCAAAAGAAAUGGCAUACGGGAGAGGUGCAUGUUGUAUGUGCUACCAUUGCUUUCGGAAUGGGCAUAGACAAGCCUGAUGUUCGUUUUGUAGUCCACAAUACAUUGUCUAAAUCGAUUGAAAGUUACUACCAAGAAUCAGGGAGGGCUGGAAGAGACAAUCUUCCUGCAGUAUGCAUUGCUUUGUACCAGAAGAAAGAUUUCAGUCGGGUUGUAUGCAUGCUGCGAAAUGGACAAGGAUGUAACACCGAGAGCUUUAAGAUGGCCAUGGUUCAAGCAAGGAAAAUGCAACAGUAUUGUGAACUAAAGGAUGAAUGCAGGAGGCAAACACUUCUCGAGCAUUUUGGAGAGAACUUUGACAGGCAGCGUUGUAAAAAUGGCCCCAGUCCCUGUGAUAACUGCCUGAAGACGUCCAGAUGAGUAUAGAAUGCAGAACUCAGGAGUAGGUGCAUCAUGAGAUGCAACAGGUUCGGAGCAAAUCCUCCUCUCUUCAACUCACAUUUCUUGUAAUAGAAAGAUAAGAAAAUUCAAAAGCCGGCGAACUUACUGAUUUUGGAGGGAAUUGCCUACGCUAUUCAGAUGGAUGGGCCACUGUAUUUGAGGCAACAUGUGCAUUGCAAGAGAGCCCCACUUGAGUCCUUGCGAAACCAAUCUCAUGUUCCUUCGUAUUUACUUGUUUCAUGGUUACAAGUUCAUACUCCCAUCCUAUUCCCAUUUUGGGUGGAGCAGAUCUACAGCUACUUUUACCCCAGUCACAAAGCAAUUUUGAUGGGAAGUAGACCCUAGAUGACAAAAUAUGGUAUCUUGAACAACGGUGCAGAUUACCUGCCACUGGAGGAAUGGCAUUGUGUUCGUGGAACAUGUGUUUGAUGAUCCGGACCAAGCAUACCGUGGGCUCAGUUGCUGAUGGCAUGUAACCAAGAUUUUCUGUGAUUAGAUGAUCUUAACCAUCUAAUAAAUGGGACUUUCCUUAA